AGCCUGGACGUCACUCAAUCAUUACUCUGUCAAAUUCUGACUGUGCCAUAUGAUCGUCGUAGAUUGGGACCCUGAUUAGGGCAGAAUCAGCGAUGACGGGAACCAAACAACUACUUUCCGUAUGCCCAAAUGGAACUGUAAUAGGCGCUUUUUUAUCCUAUCGUUCAUUUUCCGCACGACAAGCUUGGAGCCCGUCAUAUACAUAUCUUUCGUAAACGUUGGGUCUAAGAUUAAAGUUGAGAAUUCUAGAGCCCGUGUUUAGUUUGGGAAAGUAUCCGUAUCGUUACUAUGGGGAGGACUGGAACAACACUGCUACAACCCAAGGGCAAGCGUCAGGGAAAGAAGGCGUUGCUGAUCGGUAUCAAGUAUAAAAAUGUGGAAGGGUAUGGCCCCCUUCCCUCAUCACACCGAAGUGUGCUAGAGCUGAAGCAGCUCCUCAUUGAUUCUGGUCACGGAGAAGAGAUAGAUAACAUUGAUAGUCUGGAAUAUAACCAGGGCGAGCACGACCUGCUAUCCUAUCCUGCUGAUAGAAUCUUUACCAGGUUUCGCCCAAGGGUGAUCAUAGGAUGUGAUGGUGGAAAAAUUGCUGGUACAGAGCUGCGAAGUUGUCUCGUCGACCCGUUACCUCUGGGAAGUAAUCUCGUAGCUAUCAUUGAUGCAUGCCACUCCGCUGCUAUGUUGGACCUGGACCAUGUAUUCUGUAACAGAGUAUAUGUUCCUUGGAUUUCAAAAGGCCCCCGACGAACACGGUCAAAGUUUGGGAUGACUGUGCGUAGUGAUGCGAUGAUGGUUGCGCAGCCCAAAAGUGGAGGCACGGACUGGUCUUUCGGGCUUGAUGACAUUUCGUUUCCCAUCACAAGAUGCGCAUCCCCGAUAGCAUCAUGCACUGGUUUUUGCCCUCCUCCCGAGGUCAAGGAUAAAUGCGAUGUGAUCGUUAUUGCGACUUGUCGGGAUGACCAGCAAACUUGGGACGACCAGGAUGGGACAUCAUUGACCUUGUUUCUUAUUUCGCUCUUGAGUAAAUUAUUCAUUACAGCUAGUGUAAUUAUAUGCGGGUACAUUCUGUUAAGCAAGUUCUCCCACAUAGUGAUCGUGCUAUUCAGAUAUGAAAAGAUUCCUGACCAUGUAAAGGAUUAUUUGAAUGCAGCGAGGUUCUACCACGUCGAUUGA